UGAAGUGACUUCAAGUCGCAUGGAUUGGGAUCACGAUCACUAUGUAUGUACUAUCAACAAGCUACCUGGGAAACCUGUCGUUAGCUGCCGGUAAUUGUGUUGUAGAGAUACCUACCUUCCAGAUAUGCAGUUGACGAACAAAGUAAGGCCUAAUAACACAAACACCAAUUUGAGCAGGAAAACUGCUGACCACUCUGGGUGUGUGGCAGGUUCGUCGAUCGUAGUAAGGAUGUAUGCCACUGUCCAACGUUGCAUUUGCUGUUGCCGCUGUGGAUUCGCAAGAUUGCGCAUCUCCUGUUCAAAGGUUCUCCAUUUCUUCUGUUGUGCGUACAGCUGUUGCUAGAGCUGCAGCAGCAGUAUCUGCAGUUGAUGCGGAAACGCAUCCGCUACAACCAGCUCCGGUAUAAGCAAGAUGCCAACAAAACUGCCUUAAGGCAGCAGCAGUUGCAGGAGCAGCUAUUGGCUCAGCAGGAGCGAUGGGCCUCCUUCGAGUCCGACAUGCGCCAGCUCGCGCACCCAGAAUGGGAAGAGCAAGAGCAACAGCAAGAGCAAGCGCAGCGCUGGACAUUGUAUUACUUCCUCGGCACCAUCAGGUCGCCUGCCACAAUGCCAGAGUGGUUAGCAGUAUGCUUGCUCAAAUUGGUCUUUGUAUUAUUAGGCCUCGCUCUCUUCGUCGGCUGGCUAUCUGGAAGGUAGGUACCUCUACAUCAGAAUCACCGGCAGCUCACAGCAUUCUCCUCCGAUCUCGCGCGGCUGCAAGUCAUCGUCGAUCUGGAUGUGAAGUGUCUUGGUUCAUAGCAGUGCCGUUG